AUGGCAAGACAACCCUUCCUCGGCCUGAGAGGCACGAAGCUCAACACAGUGGUCAUGAUCAUCGCAGGUGUCGAAUUCCUGCUAUUUGGGUAUGAUCAAGGUGUGAUGGGCGGUCUCAUCACUCUACCGUCCUUCACGCAGGUGUUCCCUGAGAUCUGUACUACGGCGGAAUGCACUGCGCACAUGACACCUGGUGAGAAGAGUCAUCGUUCGACCAUUCAGGGUAUAACAAUCGCCUGCUAUAAUCUCGGAUGCUUUACUGGCGCUCUGCUGGCCAUGAGAUUCGGCAACUAUUUUGGACGCCGACUUGCGAUCUUGAUCGGCUGCACGAUUGUUUCCAUCGGUGCAGUGCUUCAAUUCUCGGCCUUUGGCCUGACCCAGCUCAUCGUCGGCCGUGUUAUCUGUGGCAUGGGCACAGGCAUCAAUACUUCGACAGUUCCUGCAUGGCAAGCAGAAACCACCAAGCCUCAUCAACGAGGACCAGUAAUUGCCUUCGAAGCUUCGAUGGUCAUCGCUGGCGUCGCGUUGAGCUACUGGAUCGAUUUCGGCUUUUCCUACGUUGAGCCGAGCUCAGCUGCGUGGCGGGCUCCCGUUGCGCUUCAACUAAUUUUUGCCUUCAUCGUUCUGGCAUUUAUUCUCGUCAUGCCGGAGAGCCCCAGGUGGCUUGUCUGUCAGGAUCGCAGCGACGAGGCCGCACAAGUCAUCAGUGCAUUAUACGACCUUCCGGAAGAGGAUCCAUUGGUCGCGGAUCAGCUCAAGGCGAUCAGCGCCCCUCAAGGAAAUGUUCAUCCAGGUCCUCUGAAGACUCGAACACGGACUUUGCUUGCAGUCGGUAUCCAGGUCCUCAGCCAAUUCACUGGCAUCAACAUCAUCACAUACUACGCAGCAGUCAUCUACCAGAACGAGAUCGGCCUGUCUCCAUUUGUAUCCAGACUCCUUGCUGCCGGCAACGGGACCGAGUACUUCAUCGCCUCGUUAUUCUCGAUCCUCAUGGUCAAACACUUCAAUCGACGAUCGGUAUUCAUGUUCGUUGCAGGCGGCCAAGCUGUGACGAUGGCAAUCCUCGCCAUUCUGAUGAGCGAGGGUGGCAAAGGUCGCGGGAUUGCAGCAGCGGCCUUUCUCUUCGUCUUCAAUACAUUCUUUGGCCUCGGCUAUGCCCAGCUCUCCUGGCUGGUGCCUGCGGAAAUUACGCCGCUCGCCGUUCGUGCGCAGGCCAACGCUUUAUCGACGGCAUCGAACUGGAUAGUCAACUUCUUGGUCGUCAUGAUCACGCCGAUCUGCUUCAAUAACAUUGGCUGGCGCACUUAUCUCAUGUUCGCCAUAUUCAAUGCCGCUGGCGUGCCCUUCAUGUACUUUCUUCUCCCCGAGUCGAAGGGUCGCUCGCUCGAAGAGAUGGAUCUCAUCUUUCACGAGUCAAGGAAUCUCCGCGACGCCAUCAAACUGUCGUUCACGAUGGAAAGGCAUUUCGACAACAAAGGGAAUCUUGUCAAGGAGCUGACGCAUGACCUCGAAGUCAAGACUGAGCCGGGCAUGUCAAGCGGAAAGACCGGAAUCGAGCACUUUGAUACGAAGGUGUGA